UUAGUUUGUAUAAGAAGUAAUUUUAAUCCAAAUGUUUUGAAAGUUUGGUCAGAACACCUUUACUCUUUUGAGUUUGUCCCCCAUUUAACAGUGACUUUUUCUCAAGGAUGGUUUGUUCAUAUAUAUAUGCAGUUUGGCUGUGGCUAAUGCUAUAUCUCUGCAUCUGCUGAUACCAAUCACCAUCGCCAUCACCAUCACCAUGUCUGUCUUCCACCCCCAUCCCUAUGCCCAUAGUCCUAGGUGUUCCACUUCUUCUAUAUCAGCUUCAGUUUCCAUUGACUGUGGAGCAAAGCUAAUAACAGACUCCCAAACUAAUGGUUUGUGCUUUGAGGGUACUAAAGAAAAGAUCAAGAAGAUGUUUGAUGAGAUAGAACUUUCUGUUUCUUCUUAUGACACUGCUUGGGUGGCAAUGGUCCCAUCUCCAAGUUCCCCACAGAACCCCUGCUUCCCUGGCUGCUUAAAGUGGUUGUUGGAUAAUCAACUCUCUGAUGGUUCUUGGGGUCCUUCUCGUCGUGAUCCCUUGUUAACUAAAGACAUCCUUUCCUCCACACUGGCAUGUGUCCUUGCACUGAGACGAUGGGAUGUUGGUGAAGAACAAAUGACAAAGGGCCUGCAGUUUAUCGAGUCACAUUUUGCUUCGGUUUCGGAUGAGAGCCAACAUACGCCUGUUGGAUUUGAUAUAAUUUUCUCUGGUAUGAUUGAAUAUGCUAAGGAUUUGAAUCUGAAACUCCCUCUGAGAUCAACAGAUAUUGAUGCCUUGUACCAUAAAAGGAAUUUAGAGCUGCAAAGUUGCCACAGAGAAAGCUCAAAGGGAAGGAAAGCCUACUUGGCAUAUGUUUCAGAAGGAAUUGGCAAAUGUCAAGACUGGGAAAUGGUCAUGAAGUAUCAGCGGAAGAAUGGAUCGUUGUUCAAUUCACCAUCCACAACAGCUGCAGCUCUUGCUCACCUUCAAAAUGAUGGUUGUCUUUAUUAUCUCCAUGCACUUUUAGAGAAGUUUGGGGAUGCAGUUCCCACACUUCAUCCUUUCCAUAUAUAUCCCUGUCUUUGUAUGGUGGAGAAUAUUGAAAGCUUGGGAAUUGGUCAGCAUUUCAGGAAAGAAAUUACAAGUGUAUUGGAUGAAACAUACCGAUGCUGGCUGCAGGGAGAGGAGGAGAUAUUCUUGGAUCCUGCUACUUGUGCGCUAGCUUUUCAAAUACUACGUGUCAAUGGUUAUGAUGUUUCCUCUGAACCCUUAACUGGAUUUGGGGAAGAACAUUUCUUCUAUUCGCUUGGUGGAUAUUUGAAGGAUUUGGAUGCUGUCUUAGAGUUAUUUAGGGCUUCACAGAUGAUCAUUCAUUCGGAUGAACAAGUUCUGGAGAAACAAAACUUAUGGACAAGCCAUUUCUUGAAACAGGAAUUAUCCAACAGUUCUAUGGGUGCAUAUAAACAUAAAGAAUAUAUUAUACAAAAGGUGAAUGAUGCUCUUGAAUUUCCCUACUAUGCCAGUUUGGAACGCUUAGUACACAGGAGAAACAUAGUGAAUUAUGCUGUAGAUGAUAUAAGGAUGCUUAAAACUUCAUAUUGCUUUUCAGGUAUUGGUAACAAAGAUUUCCUAAGACUAGCAGUGGAGGACUUCAAUGCCUGUCAAUCAAUAUAUCGUGAAGAACUCAAAGAACUAGAGAGGUGGGUUCAAGAAAAGCGAUUGGACAAGCUGAAGUUUGCUAGGCAGAAACUGGCUUACUGUUACUUUUCUGCAGCUGCAACCAUGUUCUCUCCUGAACUAUCUGAUGCUCGCAUAUCAUGGGCCAAAAAUGGUGUGCUUACUACUGUGGUCGAUGAUUUUUUUGACGUUGGAGGUUCUGAAGAUGAGCUAUUAAACCUGAUCGAAUUGGUUGAGAAGCAUGAUGUAGAUGUCAGCAUCCAUUGUUGUUCUGAGGAAGUUGAAAUCCUAUUUUCAGCACUUCACAGCACAAUAUCUGAGAUUGGAGAGAAAGCAAUUGCAUGGCAAGGACGUAAUGUGACGACUCAUGUUACUGAGAUUUGGCUGGAUUUGCUUAGGUCUAUGUGGCAGGAAGCCCAGUGGUCAAAGAACAAGUUGGUCCCAACUGUGGAUGAAUACAUAACAAAUGGUUAUGUAUCACUUGCCUUGGGGCCAAUCAUCCUCCCAGCUCUCUAUUUUGUUGGACCUCGCCUUUCGGAGGUUGUUGUUAAAGGCCCUGAAUACAAUCUUCUAUUUAAGCUUGUAAGCACUUGUGGGCGUCUUCUCAAUGAUAUUCAUAGCUUUAAGAGGGAAUCUAUGGAAGGAAAACUGAAUGCUGUAUCUUUGCACAUAAUUCACGGUACCAAUGCUGUAACUGAAGAUGUAAAUCAAGAAAUAAAGCGAAUAAUUUGCGAUAGGAGGAGAGAACUCCUUAGAUUAGUGUUGCAGGAAAAUGGCAGCAGCAUCCCAAGAGCUUGCAAGGAAUUAUUCUGGAAAAUGAGCAAAGUGUUGCAUCUAUUUUACAUUAGGGAUGAUGGUUUUACCUCACAUGAAAUGAUCGAUAUGGUAAAUGCAGUAAUAUACGAGCCCAUCUCUCUCGAUGAAUGCUAACUACAUAUUAGAGGUGGUAGUGAAAAUGAAAACCAUUGCUAUCUCAGAUGCAAAGAAUUGUUUGUGCUGAUGUAGUGAAUUAUCCCAUUGUUGCUAGCCUUUCCGAUGUGUAAUUAAGCAUGCACAACAAAAAAGGCAGCAAAAUUACUAGUUUCGAACUUUUAAGGUAGAAGACAUUGGAAGAUUUGCUUUCAUACUCUUGUUGUGAUAGCAAAACAAAAAUGAAAUCAUAUUAGUGGAUUUGGAAUCUACAUUAUACAAGGAUUUAUGAUCUUCAACAUAUUCAUGUCAAUUAUCCUGAGGUGAGCUGUGUAUUAGUGAAUCUCAGCAUAAAUCAGAAAACAGCAGAAUUGAGAAGAGUUUGCCGUGUUUUCCUUGGGUGUUUUGUUUAGACUCAAUCAUUUGGAGUUUUAGAUGCGUUAAUUAUCUAGACUCUUUAUUCUUUCCGAGUCCUCCCAUUAAAUCAAACCAAAAGUCCUGUUAGAAACUAAUACUUCUAAUAAUUUUGAAUUAAUUUGUCAUUUAUGUUAUUAUUAAAGUUUUUAAUUGAAUUUGGUGUCACGAAUUCACGACACCAAAAUCACUUAGAUAAUUAUUAAAAUGGUCGAAAAGUAUAUUAUAAUAAAAAUAUGAUUAGAGACAUUUGUCUUUUUAAAUGCUUUAUAAAACAGACUUUCUAUUCAGAAAAAAAUUAUAAAAACUAUUCACUUAUGCAUAAAAGAAAACUAUCAAUGUAUCCUUUUUUUUUUUUUUCUCAAUUUUCUA